AUGAAACAAUUGAUUCCAAGUCAUCAGACUUAAUCACUUAUCAGAAUUACAAAGACAGGAUACUCAAAACAUUCACCAAAUAAGGGGAGGUCGAAUCAAAGAAAUUAGAGUAUGCCUGGAUUUCCAACAUAGCAAAUGGAUAAGGAAGAUGAUGAAGAGGUAAAUGGUAUGUUAAUUUAGGCAAAAGAAAUUAACAAAUUGGUGCAAGAUUAAGAACUAUGUUCUUUGGAAUAAAUAUAAGAUAAAGGAAGAUCAUUAUUAAUUGAUAAUCAGCAUUUAGUAUUUGAUAAUCAUUUACAACUGAUUAAACCUAAUCUCUCUAAUGCAAGUGAAUAGGGUUUAAGAAGGUAUUAUCUGAAGUCAGAACGUUAUAAGGAAAUGGAGCAAUUUUAUCAUGUUGAUAAAAAUAUAUACGGAAGAAUGAGCGAAAAGAUAUAAACAGAGAGACUGAUACCAAGAACAUUAAAGUUAUUGACAGACUCUCCUGAAAAAUUAGUAGCCAAUAAUAUAUUUGGGAGUGAUAAAUACGUACAAUUAUUUGCUGAGGGGAUCAGCAGCUCCCAUUUUAAUAAUUUAAAGCGAUUGUAAUUAAGAAAUAACAAGCUAAACAACAAUCGAACUUGUCUUUUAACAUAGAGGCUUCCCAGUUCUAUAAUAGAGUUAGAUUUCAGUAACAAUAAAAUUGGCACAUCAGGAAUACAGAGCAUUUGUAAUUAUAUAUCUUCUAGAAAUUAUAAUAUUCAGCAUUUAAAUUUGGAGGAUAAUAAUCUUAAGGAUAUUGCUGUCCUCACUAUUUUAAAAACAUUGAAUGAUAGCAAAUCAAUUCGAGUUUUAAAGCUUUCUAAAAAUUAGAUUACUGAUUUACCAAUGGACGCAUUAGGUUAAUUACUGAAAAAGAAUACUUCAUUGUAAGAAGUGUAUUUGCACUUCAACUAGAUUAAAAAUGCUGGAGGGUUGACAAUAAUGAAGGGUUUGAUAAAGAAUUAAUUUUUAAAAGUCUUAGACCUUUCAUUUAAUAAAUUAGGACAAAACUAAGAAUUUAUCUCUGCUUUGUCUGAUGUUUUGAUUAAGCCACAUCCAGAAUUAACUCAUCUGGACUUAUCAUUUAAUAGAUUUAAUGAUGAAGAUGCUAUGGCCAUCCAUAAGGCCCUUAUUUAUAAUCAACAAUUAUUUGGGUUCCAUUUUUCUGGCAAUCCCCAUAAUUUUUAUGUAAAUCCUAGAGCCUAUUUGGUUAAAGAGUGUCAGUAUGAUGAGAAUAAGUCAGAUCCCAAGCUUUUUAAGAGAAUCAAUAGUGUGAAUUGCAUAAAUAUAAAAACUAAAGAAAAUUGUUGGAUUUGCGAAGGUUGGGUGGAGAUAAAAUUUCAUUAUUCAGGAAUCGAAUAUUAGCAUCCAAUUUUUUUGCAUGUCGAUUUUGAAUAAUAUAGGCCAAUCUUAAUGAAUCAAUAGGGUAAUAGCUAUUAUCUUUAGAGAAUGUGUCCUCCAAAUAAAAAGAUCCAUUACUUUUUUAGCAAUCCUGUCUAUGAUGUAAGGUUUGUUGCUAAGGAUCAGAAGACACUCACUCUUGAUGUCAAUGAAGAAAUAAGGAAAAGAGGCUUUGAGUUAUAAUAUGCAGAUGGUUCAUCAGUGCUUGUGUAGUUAUCAAUAGUGAAUUAUAUUCAUUCAGAAUAGAGUGGAGAUAUUAUAGAUUCAUCUAGGCAUUACAUGGCGAAUAUAACAUGCAGACCAAGGGAAUCAGAAUCAAUUAUAGACAUUGAUUUAAAUAAAGCAAAAAAACGAGUUUGGUCUUAUGAAAACUCAAUUUUUAAAGACUUUUAGCCAGAUACUGAGGGACAUCUUUUGGAUUGCUUUGAAUUCGACUUUGAAUGUGGAAAAUUGAUUAAACACUUGCAGAAUUAGUAGGAAAUUGAAUAAUUGAAAGAUAAAAUGAAGAAGAUAUACAAAUACAUUAUUGGUUGUUAUCAUUAUUUCUGUGCUAAAACACUGAAUUAUGAUCUUCCUUGUAUCAAUUUACAAAGCUUUUUGGAUUUUAUUUCUCAAACAAGCAUACUUGAAAAAUCAUUGAUGAACUCUUUAGAUCUAUAAUUAACAUUCUUAUCUAGUUAUGUAGUGAUGAAACAAACCAAUUAUAUUCAUAUCUAAGAAAAAUGCUUGGUUAGAUUUUAAUUUGUUGAAAUCAUAGUAAGAUUAGCUAAAGAACAAUACAUUAGAACGGGAGUAGCUACUAAUAUGGCUGAGGCCUUGGAAAUGUUGUUUGAAUAGGAUGAGGUAUUGAAAUUUAUGUAAAAAUUUGGAAUCUCUUAAGAUUGGAGAGACAACCGUUAUUGGACUGAAUUAAUGGACUAUACUAUCAAAAUUAAGAUGCCUGUUCUGGUAAUACUAUAUGAAAACGCCUGUAAAUAAACUAUGAAACAUGGAAAUAAAUAUAUAACAUUAUCGGAUUUUAAACUAUUUGUGGAUUAGUUUGAACUGCAAAAAUAUAUAGCUGAAAAGGAACUCUAUUUGAUAUAUCUUCAGAGUAUGUAAACUCAAAGAGAUGAGUUGAGAGAAUCCAAAUUUUUGAAAAUGGAGUUGUUGGAGUUUGUAGAAGCUAUUACUAGGCUGGCAGAAAGAAUCUCACCUGUGACUCCUAUGUAUGCUAAGAAGCAUAACAAUUUGAUAAAUGAUGUUUCAAGAAGGACUUUCCCUUUAUUUGUGAAGUUUGAAGGAAUGAUCAUGGUGAUGUAUCAGAAGUUAAAGAGUCUAUUUUUGGAAAUUCCAAAUGUAGAAAAAGAAAUCAUCUAUAAAACUGUCAUCAAAACAGAGAAGGCAAGAAAGCUGGGAAUCUAUGAAGAAGACAAUAGUUCUGAUGACGAGAAAAUAAAAUCAAUAAGAAAUUUAAAUCUUCUACCAGAUGAAGGGCAAUUGCCUCCACCAUCAUAAUCUGUUGGAUGGAGCAAACUGAAAUAAUGGGCUUAAAAAUAGAAGAGAAUUUCAAUGGAAUCUGCGAAUAUCCUAGAAUAGUUGGAAAGAUAUCAGUUGUAAGAAGAGGAGAUGUUUUAGAAAUAAGGAGACACCAUUUCUGGAUAUGAUAAACAUAAGAUUACUUAAGAAAAGAAGAAAAGAAACGAAUACAAAAAAACUAUCCUGUACUAAGAUCCUUAAUUCAAAUUCGAAGAAGAAGUGUCUAAUUGA